AUUAAAUUAAAGCUGAUAUUUUUACAAAGCAUAGAAAAAAUGAAGGUCGCCGAGAAAGUGAUACUCCUACUCAACGGCGGCGACGCCCUCGCAGCCGCCGUAUCCGGCGGUCUCAACCCUAACCCUAACUCAAAUUUCCAAACGCUAAAGGAUUCCUUUGGGUUCCCGUUGGAGAGCUACGGAAUCGAAGAUCGGAAAGCCUCCGGCGAAAUCAUUCAUUUUAUCGAUUCCGAUGGCCAUUAUGAGGUGUCGAUUCUGCUCUUGCAAAGUUACGAACCGCCACUCUUAGCUUGUGCUCUGAACGAAGUUUUGUUGAAAUUAGCUGGAAACGAUUUAUCUACUAUGCCAACGCUAAUAGCCCCUUUCAUCGUGCCGGAAUCUAAGCUUAAACAAGAAAGCAAUUAUUCACGAAAAAAUGAUAAGGGUUCAGUUUAUGGCAUCAAAUUAGGUCACACGACAGAUAUAACCGAGGCAUUGAGCUCCAGAUUGCCAAAAUCCCCACCAUUUUCGCAGAUUAAUCACGAGGGUUUGGCUAUGUUGCUUCAUUUGGUAAACGUCAUUAAGAUUCCUACGGUUGUGCUGAUUGGCUUAAGUGACCAAAGUGUAUCGAAUAAAAACUCCAAAGAGGAACUCGAGGUAAUAUGCGAGAUAGGAGAUCACUUGGCAAGCGUUUUUUCUCUCACUUUUUCGAAAGAAAAGAUGGUUCAAAAUCCAACCAAGAUUUCAAGGGACGACAAAGAGGCUUGGCGUGCACUGUACGGAUGAUAUCGGUUUUUUACGUGGUUGCAAAAGAAUUACACAUCUAUCUUCUUCCCUUAGUUUUAGUUUUGUUUACGAGACCGUCUUCUUUAGGUCGAAACUUUGUCACUUGUUUUAGUUGCAAAUUACUCUGCAACUGUUUUUGUGAAAGUCUUGAGAGCUGUGUAGCUCAAGUUGUAAUACAAAAUUCCACACUUUCUUUGUGCUUCUGAGUUAAUCAAUCUUACAAAUUAUAUAAACAAGAUAAUGGUUUGAUGGAAA